AACCUGUCGGUUGCUGUCAUUACAGGGGGAUGGUGGUUCCGUACGAGGGCCAGUCUUUCUCUGCACUGAGGAGCCAGUGCCAGGACAAUGGGGUCCUGUUUGAAGACCCUCUGUUCCCACCUUCUGACCAGUCUCUGUUCUACAAUAGCAACCGCCUCGGCCAAAUCACCUGGAAAAGGCCUAAGGAAUUAUGCAUCGAACCCCAUCUGUUUGUGGACGGCAUUAGUGCCCACGACCUGCACCAAGGCCAGCUGGGAAACUGCUGGUUCGUAGCCGCCUGCUCCGUCGCUCACGAACCGGCACCUAUGCAGAACGGUGCAGACAACUAG